CCGUGACAGAGGUGGCCUGUUGCCUUGGCGCCGGCGAGACGCCUCUUGGCUUCCUCCUCUGUGGAAAGCGUCGGCCUGCGGGCCUCGGUCACCAUGUCGGUGCUGGAUGCUCUUUGGGAGGACCGGGACAUCCGCUUCGACCUGUCCUCUCAGCAAAUGAAAACAAGACCUGGGGAAGUCCUUAUUGAUUGUUUAGAUUCAGUUGAAGACACCAAAGGAAAUAAUGGAGAUAGAGGUAGACUCUUAGUAACAAAUUUAAGAAUUAUUUGGCACUCUUUGGCUUUACCCAGAGUCAAUCUUUCUGUUGGUUACAACUGUGUAUUGAAUAUUACUACAAGAACUGCUAACUCUAAAUUACGAGGCCAAACUGAAGCUCUUUAUAUAUUAACAAAAUGUAACAAUACUCGUUUUGAGUUUAUAUUCACAAAUGUGGUUCCUGGAAGUCCUAGACUUUUUACUUCUGUGAUUGCAGUACACAGAGCUUAUGAAACUUCUAAAAUGUAUCGUGAUUUUAAAUUAAGAAGUGCACUAAUUCAAAAUAAGCAACUAAGAUUAUUACCACAAGAACAUGUUUAUGAUAAAAUCAGUGGAGUAUGGAAUUUAUCCAGUGAUCAGGGAAAUUUAGGAACCUUUUUUAUUACCAAUGUGAGAAUUGUGUGGCAUGCAAAUAUGAACGACAGUUUUAAUGUCAGUAUACCAUAUCUGCAGAUUCGUUCAAUAAAGAUUAGAGAUUCAAAAUUUGGUUUAGUGCUUGUCAUAGAGAGCUCUCAGCAGAGUGGAGGUUAUGUUCUUGGUUUUAAAAUAGAUCCUGUGGAAAAAUUACGAGAAUCAGUUAAGGAAAUCAAUUCACUUCACAAAGUUUAUUCUGCCAGUCCUAUAUUUGGAGUGGAUUAUGAGAUGGAAGAAAAGCCACAGCCCCUUGAAGCUCUGACAGUUGAACAAAUUCAAGAUGAUGUAGAAAUAGAUGCUGAUGAUCACACAGAUGCUUUUGUGGCAUAUUUUGCUGAUGGCAAUAAGCAACAAGAUCACGAACCUGUAUUUUCAGAAGAACUGGGGCUUGCAAUAGAGAAAUUGAAGGAUGGAUUCACCCUACAGGGACUUUGGGAAGUAAUGAGUUGAUCUUGAGUUGACCUGGAUUUCUAUUUAAAGAUAUCUCAAGAUUAAAGUUACUAGUAGCCUUGUAUAAGGCACAGAAUAGUUUUUAUAUUUAUAGAACAAGCUUUGAAGCAAGAGUUUUUAAUGGGAAAAACUCAUUUAUCCCAGAUUUUAUUGCCAGUUUUCUAAAAAUUGUAUUUAAAAUUGUAAUCUAAAUGUAUCUAGUUUGUAAAUAUGCUUAUUUUAUAUAAAAUAUCUAUAAAUUAUUAGUUUGUGGAUAUUAUGCUUAUUUUAUAUAUAAUGCUUGUAAAUUAUUAGUGUGUGGAUAUUAAAUGACU